AUGUCUUCACCUCCAUCACAUCAGCCAGCGACACCGAACCAAGACACCCAGCACUCAACGUCGCUGUUUGGCGGCUACUCGUCUUCCCAAGAAGGGCGAAACAUGGAGAGCCCCGGAACCAACAGCAUGGGUUCAGGUUCAGAUUCAGGCUCUGACUCUGACUCGGACCUCGAGAUACUCGGUGCAUUGGAUGACGGUGGCCUCGAGUUACAGGAGGUCCCCAACAAUCGCAACCUCUUCAGCGGCAUCUCAUUCCACUUCCUCAACGAGGACUCGCCGUGGCACCAGCAGUUCAUCUGCGGCCUCAUCGAGGGUGCUGGUGGUAAGGUGGUCUACGACUGGCCCAAGUCGAGCGUCGACAUUGUCAUCUUCCCUUGCUCAGCGAAAGGCAAGCUUGAUGUCCGCUUCGCCGUCAUUGCCCGCCUCGUGAGCAAUGCCGCCGAUGGCGUCUCGGAGGAGUGGAUCACCGACUGCCUCUGUGAAGGCAGCCUCCUUCCUCUCAACUUGCACCUCAUCCCGCCUAGUGACGGGAAACGCUACCACCGCAUCCAAAGCGCACUUGCUGCUGGCCACCCCUCGAGGGGAAACGGCCCGUUGCCCACUCCCAGCGAGCCAGCGUCGGAGCUCGUCACCAACUGGCUCGCCAAAGUCGACGUCUCUCAACCUGACGAGGGUGCUCCCAAGAUUGUGACCAUGGACGUGGAUGCAGUCAACACUUCCUCCGCCUCUGAACUGGGAAGCCACGACGAUGGUCCUGCGCGUGACGAAUUCGGCCGCUUUUUGCCAAAGGGUGCCACUGCCGCCAACCGAGCACGUUGGACCAAAAUUCGCAGCGAGCGCGCCGACGCGUCUGCCAAGUCGAAGGCACCCAAGACCAAACCGUCCGCUUCUACCUCCAAGUCCAAAACUUCCAAGGGCAAGGCGAAAGCGAAAGCCGAAACUUCAAGCACCCCCAAGAGACGGUUAACGGCCAUUGUGGCAUCCGAUGUCGAAGAAAUGGACCUCGAUAGUGAUGAUGGUUUCGACCCUAUGGAGGACGACGUCAUGGACGGGGAAUUCGCAAUGGACAACCCGGACAACUACGACUAUCGUUAUGGACCUCCUGCCAACGACGACGACUCAGAGUUUCAGCCCAACGACGCGUCGUCGGCGACUCCCACGCCUUCCCCGCCACCCGUGCCAGAGGUCGGCUCGGACAAACCCCUCUCGAUCAAAUCACACGAGACUAGCCGGUCAACAUCCUCCAGCCUCAGCUCAGCUCCCGCUCCCGCGAAAGAGAAGGAGGAAGGCAAAGUUAACAAGGAGUCGGUCCAGGCCAAGCACAAGAAUCUUCCCGCGCCAAGUCGUGGCGGUACCACGGCCAAGAGGCCUGUCUCGUUGACAGUCGUCACCACCCAGGUUCCAUCCAGAGAACCCCCCAAGAUGUUAGCUCCAUCCGUUGUGACCACCAAGCCACCCAAGACGUCGCCAGUGGAGCUAGCAAGGGCCAUGGUCGCCGCCAACUCCAAAAAGUUGACUCCUAUCGCAACCAAGCGUACUGCAGCCCACCUUUCACCCAACCCAAGGGCUUCCGCCUCACAGUCACCUUUGCCCAGUCCAGCAUCGCCUCCAGCUCGUCCGGCACCAGGCCUCCCGGAGCCAUCCCCUCGUAAGAUGGGUGUCGCUGAGACUCUGCUUUCACUGGCCAACCCAGCCCCUACUCCGCGGCUCAGUCCAUCCUACCAGCCUCGUCCUGUCUCAACUUCUCCUCAAACUGCCACCAGUCUGACCGCACUUCCUUCCGAUGCCGAUUACUUCAACCACAAGCAUUUCACUGGCCGUGCCCACCACGAUGUCGACGACUCUGCGUUCGCUCACUUGAUGGCCACCCGGGCGAGUGGUCAAAGUGACAUCCGUUCCUCGCUCAACGCACCGGAUUCAAGUCGUGGUCGUCCCCCUGUGUCCAUUGCUCUGCCUUCCCGUCCCCCUGACCGUGUCGCCUACUCGCCCACUGUCAGAACUCCCCGCAAGUCAAACAUAGAGCGGCGCAACCGAAGUGCCAGUGUGGAACCUCAAGAGCGGCAGACAUAUGGUGCGCGCAGAGACGACGGAUGUCGCCGCGGCGAUGAACCAAACCGCCGUCAUUCUGAACAGUACUCGCGCGCUCGCAGUCCACCACCCCGUGCUAGCCAGACCUUUGGUGGAGACCGUCGCCCUUCCCAAGCAACCUACGAUCUUCCGAACCAUCAGCGACGAAGCAGUGACCCCCGCAGCAGCCCUAGCCGGCCGUCUUGGUCACCGAACAGCCGCGAUAGAGGGUGGGGGCAUUCAGGCCGUUCCUUGCCAGCCGUUGGCAGGGAUCCUAUGGAUGCCGACUGUUACCGCCCUCCCCUCGACUGGGACGACGACAAUCCGGAUGCCGAUCGCCAACGCCAACGGAUACCCGUCAACCGCCCCGUCUCCCCUUCAGCCCCAAAGCGACUGCCUGAUGGCCUUCCUGCCCGUCCUCAGAGUACGCCUCUUCGGCGUUCAGAGACUGCGAUUCCAGUCCGCUCCGCAAUGCGCCCAGCAGUUCGUCCAGAAAUGCCCCGUGACCCGGGUUCCCCGGUGCAAAAGCAGAUGCCAGCCGGCGAACGGAUGGUUAGGAGUCACCUGAAUGCGCUUCCCUCGACAAAGGUUCCGCAGCGAGCGUUUGCGCCCUCGGACAAAGGGAAGGAAAACGUCAAGGACAAGGACAAGGACGAGGACAAGGAUAAGGACAAGCGGUCCCACGAACUCCCUCCUCGACCAAGCCAGAAUCUGCCAGCUGCUCCCAGGCCCGUGCAGGCCCCAACCUCGUCAACAGGGUACCGCGUAAAGACUCUACGCAACUCGCUCCACGCCGCCAGCACAUUUUCUUUCCCUCAAGAGCAGAUGGGUGUCGAAAAGGCGCGCCCCCCUAGAUGGCGCCCGAUUGCGCCAAAGACGCCUGUCCCGGCCACCAGUUCCACCAGCCCCACGGGUGACCCAGCCCCGAGCUCGCAGGUAAACCGGGCUUUGAACAGCGGGGGCUCUGAGCCCAGUAGCGCCGCCAAGCGGCCUGCGUCUGCAGUGAUCCCAGUGCCGUACGAGAGAGAUCCGAGGAAAAAGUCCAGGCCCAGCGCUGAGUGA